UUUAAUUCCAAAUAUUUUAUUAUAAAAGAAAUGUUUAAAAAAAUAAAAAUAAAUAAAUAAGUUAAGCGCCAUCUUUUUGGGUGGCCGGUUGAGUUGAUGACUGACGCCAUUUGCCAGCUUUUGCAUUUCUAAUUGUAAUUGCCCCUUCAGCCUUUGCUUUUUAGGCUUUCACCUCAAAAAUUCCGAUCUUCCCUUCUUCUUCUUCAACAAAAACCCUACUUAUUCUUCAAACCAUAUCCAUGGCCAGCAACAUCGGAAUGAUGGAUAGUGCUUAUUUCGUCGGUCGGAAUGAGCUUCUUUCAUGGAUCAAUGCCAGGCUUCAACUCAAUCUUUCUCGUAUCGAAGAGGCUGCUUCAGGUGCUGUGCAAUGUCAGAUGAUGGAUAUGACUUAUCCAGGUGCCGUUCCAAUGCACAAGGUCAACUUCGAUGCAAAGACCGAAUACGAUAUGAUCCAAAACUACAAAGUGCUCCAAGAUGUGUUUAACAAACUCAAAAUUGACAAGCAUAUUGAAGUAAGUAGGCUAGUGAAGGGCCGGCCAUUGGACAACUUGGAAUUUCUACAAUGGUUGAAACGCUAUUGCGAUUCUGUAAAUGGUGGCAUCAUGAAUGAGAAUUAUAAUCCUUUGGAACGUAGAAGUAAGGCAUGUAAAGAACGUAAUUUUAAGGCCUCCCAGAAGAAUUCAAAGUCUCUGCAAACAAAUAACUCACAGAAUCCCGGUUCAGGGGAAGGAAUGAACAUUCACAAGAUAACUGGGACUAAGCAGAAACCGAGUGCAGUAGCAGUUGAGUCUGGUUCUUCAGAGGAAAUUCAGGCUUUGUCCAAUGAGAUCACAGAACUGAAGAUAUCUGUGGAUCUUUUGGAGAAAGAAAGAGAUUACUAUUUUGCAAAGUUAAGGGAUAUUGAGAUACUUUGUCAGGCUCCUAAAUUGGAACAUAUUCCGAUGGUUAUGGCAGUUAAGAAGGUACUGUAUGCCGCAGACGAAGGGUCUGCACUAGCCGAAGCUCAAGAAAUUGCAUCUGCUAACCAAUGAAUGACAAAUGUGCAACCGACGAUGGUGAUGAUGAAGACAAUCUUCAUUUUCACUCUGUAAAAUUAAGUUAUCUCGGGGACGUUUCACCACAUGAAGAACAAGAACAUGAUUAGGUGAGGUAGAUUUUCAGUGUGUUGAUUCUGGAUGUAUAAUUGAGCCACGUGCACCAGAAACUCAGUUGCACUCUUCUUUGGUAGAGCAAAAGUGCCGGUUUUAUUUUCUUCUUGAGGUUCUGCUCGUGUCUUUUUCAAACUCAUGUCCGAUGUCCAAGGAUUGUUAUGGGCAAAGUUUUUACACGUUUUUUUAUUGAUUUAAUAGAUCUUCUCUCCAU